AUGAUAAUUACAACCUUCCGGCGCACUCUAUUGCGGUCCUCCGCCCCUCCUUCACGUUUGUUCUUCUCGUGCGCAAAGCGGAACUUUGCAUCCUCAUCCCCCCCACCUUCACACAACGGCACAACAGCUCAUACAACCUCAAUGUUGGGUACCCUGACCGGGGAAUUGGAUAAGCUUGCGCCUAGAUUUGAGAUUCGUGCAAAUCAAAUUAGGAUACUGAGAGCCCCAACUGAGUUUUACGAGACGUUAAAGGAACGUAUAUUGAAAGCGGAAAGGAGAAUAUUUCUUAGUACGCUUUAUAUAGGAAAAACUGAGAAUGAGCUUAUUGAGACACUUCGACAAGUACUCCGCAACCAACCAAACCUCCAAGUUUCAAUACUAUCUGAUGCCCUCCGUGGCACCAGAGAGGCACCAAAUGCCUCAUGUGCCUCCCUUCUUGCUCCAUUGAUUGAGGAAUUUGGAGACCGUGUUGAGAUUAGAAUGUACCAUACCCCAAACCUGCGUGGAUUGAGGAAACAGGUUGUUCCAAAGCGCCUCAACGAAGGUUGGGGACUUCAGCACAUGAAGCUUUACGGUAUCGAUGAUGAGAUUAUCAUUUCUGGGGCGAAUCUCUCAGAAGACUACUUCACGAACCGACAAGAUAGAUACCAUGUUUUCUCGUCCAAAGAUUUAACAAACUACUUUGCCGGUAUUCACCAUGCGAUAUGUUCAAUCAGUUACAAGGUUUUACCUGCAUCGAUAGACGUUGGCGGGUUUACAUUGGAGUGGCCGGUCUCCAAUCCAGCGCCCCAGCCGACAGAGGAUCCAACCGCAUUUAAAGUCUCUGCAACUGCUAUUCUCGGACCUCUCAUACGCCCUGCGGCCCCUGCGGUAGCUCUGCCUCAGGCCUCCACUAGGACAGUUGUAUACCCCCUUGCUCAGUUUACUCCGCUCAUGCACCCAACAGAUAUAUCGACCGAGCACCCAGGUCUUUUGGCGGUUCUACAGUUGCUCUCAAGACCUGAUUGGGCAUCUUCAAAAUGGAUGUUCACAGCGGGCUAUUUCAACAUUCACUCUGAGCUUAAGAAACUAUUGCUAGAAUCCAAGUCAGUCCAAGGCACCGUCGUGACUGCAGCUCCAGAAGCGAAUGGAUUUUAUGGGAGUAAGGGCGUUAGUAGCAUGUUACCUCCAGCAUAUACAUUGCUAGCAAGAAGAUUCUUAGCAGACGUUAUUAAAAUGGGCAAGAGUGAGCAAAUACAUGUUCGGGAGUGGAUGAAGGGGGGGACCAUUGGGAAGGAUCCUGAGGCCUGGACCUAUCACGCAAAAGGUAUCUGGGUGACCCAACCUCAAGAUGAGAACCCAAGUAUUACACUCGUGGGGUCUUCAAAUUAUACAAAGCAAGCAACUCGGCGAGGAAGUAGAAUGGCUACAGAAAGACUCACGCAAAGUAGAUAUGCAAGAUUUUGA